ACCCCCUUAGUGAAGUGCACGAACAUAAGGGCGGAUAGUGCUAUUUGAGAUCCGACCCUACGAUUCAGGCAGAAGCGUGACCGGAGCAGCUAGCAGCGUUACUGCGUCUCAGGCAUCUCUGAACGUCCAUAACAACAGGUCUGUAAUGGAUGCCCUGACUGAGGCGCUGUCCUCCAGCUUCUGUGUAACCAGAGAAGCCAACAGCACCUCAGCCCCGCAUCCCCGCCUGGCUCAAUACAAGAGCAAAUACAGUGCUCUGGACCAGGAUGAGCGACGGAGGAAGUUCCUGAAGGAGCAGAAGGAGAAAAGGCUGAACUAUGUGAAUCAUGCCCGCCGUUUGGCAGACGGAGACUGGACAGGGACAGACAGUGACGAGGAUGAGGAGGUGAAACAGAAAAGUCAGCAGCAGGAUGAAGCGGAAGACGAAGGGAUGGAGGUCGAGCAACGCAAAAAGUUGCCAAGGCACUACGCCAACCAGCUGAUGUUGUCAGAGUGGCUGGUGGACGUCCCUGCGGAGCUUAGCGCUGACUGGCUGCUGGUGGUCUGUCCUGUAGGGAAGCGUGCGCUCAUCGUGGCAUCUAAGGGUUCCACUUCAUCAUACACCAAAAGUGGGUACUGCGUGAACCGUUUCCCUUCUUUGCUACCAGGUGGAAACAGACACAACUCGGCUUUGGGGAAAGAUUACACCAUCCUAGACUGCAUUUACAGUGAAGUGGACAGGACGUACUACAUCUUGGAUGUGAUGUGCUGGAGGGGGCAUCCAGUUUACGACUGUUCAACCGAGUUCCGGUUCUACUGGUUGCAGUCGAAGGUGGAAGAGGUAGAAGGACUGUCUGACAUUUGCAAGCGGAACCCUUUCCGUUUUGUGAGUCUGACCAGCAUCAGCUGUGCAACAGAGUCCAUUCAAAAGGCCCUGGCACACGACUACAGCUUCAGCGUGGACGGGUUGCUGUUCUACCACCGUGAGACUCACUACACCCCGGGCAGCACGCCGCUGGUGGGGUGGCUCAGACCCUACAUGGUGAAAGACAUCCUGGGAAUCGAGGUGCCGCAGUGCCCCCUCACCGCCAAGCCGGACUAUGCUACACACCAGAUGCAGCAGAUCCUGGAGCACAAGAAGCCGUCCAGUCAGGUUCGGCCUGCGGAUCAGAACGGCAGGUACGAGUUGGAGCAUCUGUCCACGCCAGAGACGCAAACAGGAAGCAGCAACCAGAAAGAAAGCAUGGAGAGCUGACUGCUAGCCGCUCAGAAGCUACUGGUUUAGUGUCACGGGCAAGAGCGCGGGGAUUUGUUCAGUGUUUUCUGAAACCCCAUUGAUUUUAGAUCAGCUCAGUGACUGCUUUUGAAUUCAGCAUUCGUUACUGAUCGGUUAAACUUCCCUUACUGCUUCACGCAACAUUUUCACAUUGUUUCUUUUGUCUUAGCCUUUACCAUUAGGUAAAUCUGUUCAAAUCGGUUUACUACUACAUGAUUUGAUGCCAUAGCGCCAGGAGGACAUGAAGAAGCAAAGAAAAUCCACCUCGGGUUAUCAGCUGCACGCUCGAAUUACAUGGAAAUCACAAUACUCCAUUCUGUGUGCAUGUGAUAUAAUAUUCUAUAUUAACGCCUUUCUGGAAUAUUAUAUUUUGAAAUUUUAAAAUUACAACAUCCUUUUCUUACGAGGACACUUCAGACUUUUAACGUUAUAUUAAGAAACAUAUUUUAAUUCUAGACAUUUUGGAUUAUUCUAGAACCCCCUUCCCCUCUUUUGUUUGUUUGGGGUUUUUUUUAUGAGUAUUAUUUUUUAAGAUAAUUUAGCUUUAAAUUGCUUGUGCAGGUUCCCUGUGGAUGCUUGACUUAAUAAAAUGCAAAAAUGAACACACUUCUUAUAUAGUGAACUAUAUUAAUGUGAAAACCAUUCAGAUUCUGAAACGUAAAUUCUUAAACGUAACCAAACAGUUUAAUUAGAUUCACUAGUCGGGUGAAGAAACUGCUGCUGUAUGAAAUAAAUGUCAUGUUGGAGUCAA